GUCACUGGCGAUUACUAAAUCUAGGACAAACUUUACUUUCGCUUUUUGUCCGAGUCGUUUUCGCAACUUGCCAUUGUACAGAGAGUACAGUAACUGUAAAGAGACAAGAUUUGUGGUAGACCUUCUAGAGUCUAGAAACUCAAUUACAAUGAGCCCUAACAGGGAUAAUGUUCAUCGUGAAUACGAUGUAUUCAAAGAUUCCCUUCUUAGAUAUUUAGGGUACGCAAAUGAGGUUGGUGAAUCUUUUCGCUUCAUGGUGCCUGUUAAAGUUGUCUGGUUCAGUUACUUUGUGUCCAGUGGCUAUGUCAUCGCUGAUGCUCUGGACAAAGGCUAUAAAGUCUGGAAGAAACCAUUUCAAAGGGAAGAGAAAAGGUUAGAAAAAACAGCCAUCGCUACCAUAGACACCCUGAUUUGGCAGGGGCUUGCUUCCGUAGUUAUCCCAGGUUUUACCAUCAACCGUAUCUGCUGGGCCACCAACAAACUGAUGACUCGCACGGCACUCCCACAACCUGUCAAAAAAUGGAGUGUUGUAGUUGUUGGCAUUGGCAGCAUUCCGUUCAUAGUGAAACCCAUUGACAGAGCUGUGGAUUUAUUGAUGGAUAGCACUCUAAGAAAAUUGUACAAUCACAAAUAAGUAGAUAACUUAGUAUUGAAAAUCAAAUUGGCUGUUGCAAGGUUGCUUAAUCAUACAGUUUUGUUUUUAUUCCAUUUUGUUUUGUAAAGUUGUGACUUUUUUGUUUGUUUGCUAGAGUGGUGUAAGAAUUUAUAGUUUAUGGCAUAUUGGCCAUUGCUCUUAAGCUAUUACUCUAUAUGACAUAGCAUAAAUAAGGUUGAUUUGCCAAAGCCUAUUUGCUACUGCAUACUUCAUAUUUUGUUACCACUAUGUCAACAGCUUAUUGCCAGAUUUGUAUUCAUAUUUUGUUCUUCCUUAUUGAAUGACUGUUUUAUCCAACUGCAUUCAGAAUAUUUUCUUUCAUUAAAAUGUCUGUAUCUAAUUCAAGCAUAAUUUUCUUUCCUAAAAAUGUCUGUACCUCCUUAGAGUAUUAUUUUUUUUUAUUUGAAGUGUCUGUAUCUGUGCAAAGAAUUUUUUUUUUUUAUUAGAAAUGUCUGUAUCUCAUCAAAGUAUUUUUCUUCUGUCUUAUAAAUGUCUUGGAAGCAGGGUGGCUGAGUGCUAAGGUGUUGGUUCUGACCUGAGGGGUCCCAGGUUCAAAUUCCAGUGAAGACUGGGAUUUUGUGAUCUAUAGGCAUCUCUGAGUCCACCCAGCUCUAAUGGGUACCUGACAAUAGUUGGGGAAAAGUAAUGGUUGUUGUGCUGGCAAUAUGACACUCUUAUUUUAACCAUGAGCCACAGAAACAGCAGACUUUAACAUCAUCUACCCCUACUUUUUACUUAUAAUGUCUGUAACUUCAAAUUUAAAAAAAUUUGGGAAUUGAAUUUCAGUGUUUGCUUGCAAUAGGUGUUUGACAGAUUUCUUUAUACAGCUGUGAACUAGCUACAACCAUAUAAACAUCUAAAGCUGAUGGGGAAUGUAAAGUCUUUUGCUAUUCUAUGCUGACCAGCACAAGACCAACCAUCUUUACUUUCCCAACUCAAGUCAGGUACCCAUUAGAGUUGGGUGGACUCAGGGGCACCUUCAAAAUCAAAAAAAUUCAAAAUCCCAGUCUUCACCAAGAUUCAAAUCCAGGACACCUGGUUCAGAAGCCAGCGCUUUACCACUCAGCCACCACCCUUCCUUACUAAUGACAAUGAUCUAUGCCUUAAAGUUUUACCCAAGGAACUCAUUUUAAUGAAUAUUUAAAAUUUGUGAAUAUUUCUAUACUUGUAGUGUUAAUUUUAAAAGGAUAUUUAUUACAUUUGUUAUGCAAUGUGUUAAUACUAGCUGUAUUAUACUGCCUAAAGAUUUUCAAUAUUUGUUUUGUUUAUAUUUUUGUUUAGAGUUGAAGAUUUUUAUUUCUAGCCCAGUCCUUCUUUAUUAGACUGAAUAUUUGUUUGUUUUUGUAAAUAGUUUAAUAUAUAGAGGUGUGGCUCUUUAAGUAUGUAUUCAUCUGUGUUAGAGACUGUUGAUUUGGUAUCUGAGAACAUAUACUGCUGAUAUACUAAAAGUAUUUUUUUUUAUAUUGAGCUACAGUAUUUUACUACCUGGAAUAACUUAAAAUUAUAUAUAUAGUAGUGCAUUAUUGGGGCUAACAGUAACCUGCUCAACUUCUUUAAGUCUGACUGCUGCAGGUUGUCACUAUAUGAUCCACUAAUCUUGUUUCCUAAAUCCUACAUCUGUAACUCUACAGGAAGAAAAAGUACCAUUACAUCAAUUUGGUAUGAUUUGUUGUAUAAAGUUUGUUACAAGGAACAUUCGUAACUCAAACUGUUUCUAUUUAUGAAUAAACUACUAUACAGACAAAUGCAAUUGAUACACAUUUAAUGUCAGACAUAGUCUUAAAAUAAGUUAAAAGCAAAGAAAAGAAAAUUGAUUUAACCAAUAAUAUAAUGAGAGAAGUAAAAAUAGAACUUUCUUCUUAUUUAAAUUUACUGGAGUAGAUUGUAUUACGGUGAGAGCUGUUCCUCAAAAGACAAGAUUUUAUUUUUGGUUGUUGUGUAAAUCAGAACCAGCUACAUCUGGACAGUCUUUUACAAUUUUGUUCCAGAUUUUUUAUUUUUGCAUGUUUUAUUUUAUUUCAAUGUUUUUUUAAACAGAUUUUAGUUUCAGUAUUUUUGCAUUUUUGUUUAUAUUAAAGCUGUGAUAAUAUCAUAAACUCUUCAAUAUCUUCUGUGCACUGCUGAAAAUGAAACAAUGUACAUAUGGCAUAGUAAAAAACAAUUAAAAACUUUAUUCGCACCUUGGUUUGGAGAAACGAAACAAAAUAGGAUGUGCAAUUUUUGUUUUUUAUCUAAUGAAUAAUACUUUUCUCUUGAUUCUUUAAAAAAAAAUUGUUUUUAUUCAAUUGACUAAAUCAUCUAGAGGCUUUUUAAAAUAAUAUUUUUGUAAUCUGAUGAUUAUUUUUGUUUUUGUCAUUGAUUUUUAAUUGCAAUCACUUCAUUGAUCUCAAUAUUGACAUAUUAUAAAUCACAAUAUUUCUGAGUCUAUACUUCCUGGAGUUUUUCCAAGGGAAGCUCUUUUAUUGAGAAGUUCAAUCAAACCAAUCAAGAUCUUUCUUCCACAGAAGUGGCCAGUUAAAUUCAAAGUAGUAACUCAACUGGUUCACUUUGAACUGCCAGUUUGCAAAUUUUUUUUUUAAAUUUUAAUCAUUUGUAUUAAGAGGCACAUUAUUAUGUGUGUUUGUGAGAGAGAGAGAGAGAGAGAACAUACAUAUUAUCUAUGCACCAAUGUUGUUGUUGUUUUUAAAUAGUUAUUAUAAUUGUGUUAUCAUUCAUUAUAGAAGUAUUAGCAGCAAAAUAAAAGUUCACUUUUAUAUUAGUUA